CCCCUCCGCCCCUUACAGCAAAAUCGUUGUACAAAUAACUAAACACUUCCCAUCCGCAUUACCAUUUUUACCAUCAUUUACAUGAUUACAAUUGCAGAGAAGAGAAGAAAAAAAUUGGUCCGUCUGGUGGAAGUCCCUCGCUUUGGAAGCACUACGAUGAUGUCCAUAAAAUUAUAGGAUGCACACCAGCGAACGAUGCAGAAAUUUUGGAGUCUUUUUCUAUGAAUAUAUCGUCAACAGCAGUGCCACCAUUGCCAUCGUCUAUUCCGCCCUCUUCGCCGGUUCCUGCACCGUCGACACCAUGCCUCAGCCGCCAGCCGUCACCUCCAAUGUCGUCGCCAAUGUCAGCGCCACUCUCAUCAGACGAUAUGCCGUCCACCUCCGUGGCUAUGGGUGAGGUGGUUAAACUUGCAAAAGAGCAAACUGCGUUGCUAAAAACAGUGGCAGAAGACGGCAAGGUAUUAACCACGGAAGUCGUGAAUGCCAUUAAGGAGCAGAGCAGCGACUCAAAGGAGUUUAUUAAUUUAAUGAAAAGUAUAUUAGAGAAGAUGUAAACUAUAUACAGUGCCGGUAAAAAUAACAGCACCUUACCAUUUUUUACCGGUUUUGCU